AUGAACAAGCUUGUCUGUUUAGUAUUAAUGGUCCUUCUUGGGCUUUCUAUGGCUGAAGAAAUUAAAAAGGAUUCCUCUUCCAGUUAUGGUGCUGCUCCACCACCACCACCAGGUUUUGGUCCACCAGGAUUUGGUCCACCAGGUUUUGGACCACCAUUUGGUGCACCACCAUUGUUUCCACCAUUCCCAUUCUUUCCAAGACCUUUCUUUGAUACCUAUUAUUGUAGUGUUCAAGCAACAUUCCCAUUAGCUGUUGAAAAACACAAUCACAUUGGAGAUGAUGUACCAUCAGGAGGAUAUGGUUCUUCUGGACCACAAGGAUACGGAUCUUCACAACCACAAGGAUAUGGAGCUCCAUUCCCAAGAAAACAUAGACAUUUACAUGUCAUGAGACAAGCUUGUCGUUAUAGCGCUGCUACCUCAUGGAGAUCAUGUAACCAAUGUUGCCAAAUUGCUUCACAUGGAUUGACAACUUCUUCUGAUAGAAUUGUUGGAGCUCUCUUCUACUUUGAUCCUGUUGCUAAACACAACCAUGGACAUGGCCCAAGUGGAGGAUCAUCAUAUGGUGGCGCUGCUCCUCCAGAAGAAGGAUCAAAAUUUGUUCAAUGCGUCUGUUGCGCUCCAAGAGUUUUUUAA